GCGCUCCCUGCAGCUUCAUAGAGAGUUGCAUCAGCAGAAUAGACCAAAACAGCACCGAUUGCAUGUGCAGGCUGAUCAGGCUGCUGUGUCUCAGGGGCCAGCCGAUGAUGCCCUCAGACACGGUGGGAAGAAGAACGUGUUGACCAGCUCUUUGGGGAGGAAUGUGGUGAGGAAGCUGUGAGGAGAGGCUGUUUGGAUCCUCGGACCGGUACACUUUUGCUUUCUUCUUUGAACUGCAUUUAUUGGGCAUUUUUUCUUGGAAGGCCACGUUAGCUCACGUGAGAUCACUGGGUAAACAUUGACUUAGUUCACGCCUCUGAAAGCCCUAAAAAGAGUGUGAGACUGCAGCUGCAUAUCACAUUGUAGGCUUUCUAUAUCUAAGUUCACCAUGGAUUUGCUUCAGAACUCGGGUCAGCUCGAGUGGGGGCUGAACACUCGUUUAAAGAGCUUUCUGGACCAGGUCAACAGGCUGCAGGAGACCAACCAGCAGCUGGAGGCCCAUAUCAUCCAAGUCGGCAUGAGAAAGAGUUUAUCUUCUCAGGACUGGUCCAAGCAGGAAGACGCUGUGAAGGAGCUCCGAGCUCAGGUUGGCCAACUACUGAUGGAGAACGCCCGCUUGGCGCUACAGUCUGACAGCAUGAAGUCCAGAGCUGCUGCCAUCCAGGCCAGAUGUGAGGCAGAGGAGUGUAACACCGUGCUUCUGGAGCAACAGCUGGCUGUGCUGAGGGGGUCUAAGAAGAAGACUGAGCAGAGCAGCAUGGCCCUGCAGGCCGACAUUGACAAGUCAAUGACGGAGCUGCAGGAUAUACACCAAGAAUAUCAGGCAGCCCGAGAUCUGCAGCUGCAGCGGGCCGCCUCAUGUGAUGCUCUGUUAGCAGCAACCCCGGCAGCAGGCAAACAGGAGGAGGAUGGCGCAGGGAUGGAGCUUCCCAAACUCCUCGACCGAAUCAAAGCUCAGUGCAAUCCGAACCGAUUUCCCAGCCAGAGUGAGAGACACCUCAGCCAGGGUACGAGCUCACAUUCAAGUGCCAGUUUUGCCGGGGCAAGCCCAUCUGAAGCUGGAGCGAGAGCAGCAGCUUCAACAACAACGGCACACAGAGCAGCCCUCAGUGAGGAGGAAGCGGCAUGGGCGCACAUCAGCCUCGGCAGCAAUGCACUGAGGGAGGCUCGGGCCGAGUUGGCCGAAGCCCGGCGGCAGUGGCACUCACUUCAGGUGGAGACUGAGACCCUGUAUGCUUUGGAGAAAGGUCUGGAAAAGUCCCUCCAGCACACCCAGCAGCUGUACUCCAGCCAACUGCAGGAACUUUCCCAGGUGAUCACCGGCCUGGAGAGCGAGCUGGAACACGUGAGGGGCGGACUGGCCACUCAGCGGCAGCGCCACAGCCAGAUGCUCAACACAAAGAUUCGACUGGAGCGAGAGAUCGCCACUUACAGAAGACUACUGGAACGGGAGGAGGGCAGGUACGCGGGUCGGAGUGGGCAGCCAAUGUGUCUGCAGCCCUGGAGAUCUUCUUUGGUGGAGUCAAAGGAAAGCGGCCUGGAGAACAGCUUUAGUGACCCCGCAAUCACCCCGGAUGAACCAAAGUCAGAGCCCCUGCCUGAAAGGACUUUACUCAUCCCAGGAACGCACAAGCCAAAGGAAGGUCCCGCACUCCAUCGGCCACAGAGUCUUGUCAUACUCACAGAACCAGAGCAAGAUAAAGAUUUGCCCAUCGCCACCGUCAAGACUCAGGAGAUUCUCCAGGGCAACGUGGUGCAGGAAAGUGCCGAGGGCCACGGCACUAUUGAGACGGAAAAGAUUGACAAGGUCAUUAAGCAGUGGGAGAACUCCUUCUUCAGAGGAAAUCCAAAGCUCCGAAAGAAGUCUGUGUCCCUGCGCUUCGACCUGCACAUGGCUGCGGCGGACGAAGGCUGCGCCCGGACGAAACAAGACAGCCUUCCCGAUGUCGAAGUUCGGCUCAUCAUGAAAAGAUCCCGCAGCGCAGCAAUCACGCCCUAACUGCGGGAAUGCUCAGGGUGUGAAACCCGGACUUCCUGCCUUGCAGGGCGGGAAUGGUUGUGAAAAUGAAGGUUGGACGUUGGUCGUCUCCUCCAGCAAACCUUCACGCAAGCUGGAACACGGGUGGCCCUCGGUUCACGACGUCUCUAAAUCAGCGUUUGCUUUUUCCAAUCAUAUUUUAACACUGAAUUGCGGUACCGUAGAUCCCCGCGUGGGGGGGGGGGUUACAUGCCCCAGCCAACAACAACUGGCGUCAUUCAUGCACCCAUAAAAAUGUCUUUGAUUGACACACGGCUCACUCCUCCCCCUCCAAACCCUCCUGCUAGCUUGACGUUGACAUUCGGGUCAACAUUUGCGAUAAAAGUAAAAGUAGAUUCAGCUGCCCCUUGUCUCUUUAAUCGCCAUUGUUCACUCGUGACACAAUCCAGGUUUGAGCCUUAAAAAAGCCUCACACCCUGAUUAAACACAUUUAAUAGUCACUACUAAUGAAUGAUAAUGUAAGGCAGGGGUGGGCAAACUGCGCCCCUUGGGCCACGUCAGGCCCACCAAGCAUCUUAAUCCGGCUCAGCCCACCAGGCAUUUCCAAAUUCCUUUUUUUUUUUUUUUUUUUUUUAAAACCUUUUAACAUCAGCAACAUGACUUGCAGUGCUACUGUGGCACGCUUGAGUCACCAAAAUAGUCAGAUGCAGCCCAAUACCAAAAAAGCACCCAUAUAUUCCCGCCGCAAGGCAUGCUGGGUAGCUUACAGUACACUUUCUCCCAACAUUUUGCUGUUGUCACAUAUUUGCAAAAUAUGUUGAGGUCAUCGGAGAAGGAAACAAGGAGGAGGUAACGUAUCGUUUCUUGUCCACACUUCACACUGUUGUGGCAGCUGGACUACCCAGCAUGCCUCGCGGGCAUUUGGAAAUAACAGUUUUAGGUUACGUGUUGUGUUUAGCGCUUAGUUGUUGAUUCAUGCGAUGCGUUCACUUGCUGUGGAUGUGCUGUGUUUGCACCGUGAGCAAGGAUGUCGUUGAUGCCAUGUAAAAAUAGAUGGCCCCCCCACCUCCUUUUUUAACCCAAUGUGGCCCACGAGUGUAAAAGUUUGCCCACCUGAAGUAAGAUGUUAUAUGACCAGAUGGAAUGCGUUUCACAUCAACUACGGUGCAUUCAAGGACCGAAAGUGCGAAAUCUCGACAAACACUUGACAACAUGGUCCGUGAAGCAGAAAGACGUGAACAUGUUUGACACAGCGGUUCACGUGUGCCGCACGUUUCACCCGUGCGAUCACGUACUUACACAUGACCACCCGCUGAGGGUGAAGAAGUGUUUUCUGCGGAAGACAAAAGAUUAAAAAUGUGUUUUUAGAAAAAAAAAUCUGCAGAUUUGCGGGGUGUUAAAUGCUGGAUCACGAAUGUGUGGGUUAGGUGCAGGUUUUGGUGCAAGAAAAAUGCAUGGGAAACGAAACAAGGAGUUUACCAGAAUAAAAGCAUUUGUCAAGUAGAGAUCCGUCCUGCGUGACGUCACAGUGAAAAUAAAUGACUUACUUAAUAGACCUCUGUCCUGCUUCACUUCAAACACUAGCGGUUCAUCUCUGUUAGAUGAUAAAACUACCGACUAUUCACUAAUAGCAUCAAUGAGUCAUCUGCGGAGGACUGAGAUACGACUCCCUGCUUUCUCGCCCCUUCCUUGUGCAAUUAUUGUCAGAGUCCCUGAGUGUUUGCGCAGCUAAAACACACAGCGCUCACGACAACGUCGCCACAAAGCACAGGCGUGUGCUUUGUGGCCUUCCAGUUUGUUUUAAAAUGCGUCGCUUAAAGCGACAUCCUGCAGCUCGCCAUCACUAUUAAAAAUAUUGACUCUCCUCCAAGCGAUAACACACCACCCCACCUUUCACCAGGUCAGUGUUGCGUCAUCGGUCACUGAUGGGGUGUCCAAAGUGCAGCCCGUUUGCAGAGUUGGCAUGUUUAAAAAUCCCAGCAUUUAUUAAAGUAUAGAGUAUAGAGGCACACCCCCAACCAAGACUGGCUUCACUCUGUCGUUUGUAACCUCUACAGCUGUCCUAUCUAGUCCAUGAGCAUGCACAGCUGAAGCCUGCUCGGAGAGAAAACACCCUGAAUUUAGCCUUUUGAGAAAAUAAAAACAUCAAAAUGACCCCCGCAUCCUCUUCACCUGGGUGGACAAAGUUUGGACACCCCCAAUGUUUGACCCACCAUUCUUCUGUGCAGGCGGUGUGUGUUCAGCCCCCAAAUUUCAACAGUUUUGUGUCCUGUGAUUGACUGGUGACCAGUCCGGAAUGUCAAACGCCUUUGGCCUAAACACUUCUGGGGUAGGCUCCAGGGCCCCAUGAUGCUAAAUGAAUGGAUGUUAUUUUUGUACAUGCAGUACCUGUUUUAACCACCAGAUGGCAACAUUUGUUAAUUGUUAACAGCAGCACACAUCAUUUAUGCUUUGAUUGCUCCUGUUCUUCACACCAAAUAUCUUGAAACAUAAAGCAUACAUGCACAUCAUGGAUAUUUAUUAUUUAGGCACUUCGGCUUGAUUCUGCUCUGCGCACACUCCUUAGCAAUGUACACAUGAAGUGUUUUGGUUUUUACUUUCCCACAAUAUGUGAUUCCAAUUAAAGAGAACGUGCUGACGGUUUGCUUGUUUUCUGUCCAACCCGAAUCGCACGUCGUAGACGUCCAUGUCCCGUAUCGCAGUGGCGCCCGACGCCGUUAUUACAACAAACUUCUGGCGGAAAAGGGUGUCUUUAUUUAUGACGUGCUGUGUACAAACGACCACUGGCGGUGUGAAAGCUUAACGUGAAGGAAGGACGACAGCCACGAGCUCGUGGGGCGUUUUCUUGACACCCCACUUCCGCCUUGCUUAGUCUUCCGGUUCCAUAUUUGUUGUGUGCGCGGAGCGAUACUGAAAUAUCGGCACUUACGAUACCAGCUCCUCAUGCGUGAAAAAGAUUCUCAAAUCAA